AUGAACCUCGACAAACCUCUCGAUGACAUCAUCAAGUCUAAGCCUAAGGGCCGUGGAGGAAAGGCAGGUGGGCGUCCUUCCAACUCCCGCAAAGUUAGCGGCGGUGCCAAGGCAGCAGCCAUUGGUGGUAAAGCUGCCAAUGCUGCUGCUGUAGUUGCUGCUAACCGGAACAAGCCCCUUGUCAUCCCUGGUCGAGCUCCAGGUGGUAAUCAAGGAAGUAAGAUCAUUGUCAGCAACCUGCCCCUCGACGUCACUGAAGCACAGGUCAAGGAGCUCUUCUCUACUACUAUUGGACCUCUGCGCAGGCUGGCCAUGAGCUACCGCGCCAACGGAACAUCGACUGGGCAAGUCACCGUCGAGUUCCAGAAGUUCGACGAUGCCACCCGAGCGUACCAGCAAUACAACAACCGAUUGAUCGACGGCAAGAAGACCCUCCGAGUUGAAGUAGUAGUUGACCCCGCCCGUGCAGCCAUGGCUCAGGCCCCAACUGCCAUCCCAGCCGCCGCUGCCGCUGGUGCCGUUGCUGGUGCCAGGGCUGCUGCCGGCCGUGGUGGACGUGGUGGUCGAGGUGCUGCCAGGGGCGCUGGUCGAGGUGGACGUGGCGCUGCUGCCACCAGGCAGUCUCGUCCCCAGAAGAGCGCUGCUGACCUGGACGCUGAGAUGGAGGACUACGCCGCCAACAAGGCCGACCCUGCCGCCUAA